AUGGCUCCAACAAAAGACACAAAGAAAAGAACUCAAAGAAGAAAGAAGGAUCCAAAUGCCCCAAAGAGAGCUCUUUCUGCUUACAUGUUCUUCGCUAAUGAAAACAGAGAUAUCGUAAGAUCAGAAAACCCUGAUGUCACUUUCGGUCAAAUCGGUAGAAUAUUAGGUGAAAGAUGGAAGGCUUUAAAUGCUGAAGAUAAAGAACCUUACGAAGCUAAAGCUGCUGCUGACAAGAAAAGAUACGAAUCUGAAAAGGAAUUAUACAUGGCUACUCACGCUACUGAAUGA